GCAGUAUUACUUGGAUUGGUCGAUUUGAACAAUCACACAACUAUAGACCAAAUAUUUUGCCCUCUUUCAUAUUUUUGUUAAAAUUACUUUAGAAACGUGAGGAUAACCGUGGCGCGAACAUCAACGCCAGUAUAUUUCAAUUUCAAUUAAAUUUUUUUUUUUUUUUUUCUUUAAUAAUUAUUUUUUUUUUUCAUUUCGAUAUAUCGUUAAUUAAAAAAAAAAUUAUAAAUGUGUUUUUUAUUUAUUUUCAAAUAUUUAUUAAAAGUUAAUUUAACAGUGAUUUUUUUUUUUAAAAUAAAAAAUUAAUGUGAAAUUAAAUUGGGUCAAUAUAAUUUGUGAAAAUUUUUGACUAAAUAAUUUUAAAAAAUUACAAUUGAUUAUGAUGAAAAUACUAAAUGUGAUGAAGAAUAUAAUAAAUAACUUUUGAUCAAUCAAAUAUACGAAUAUAUAAAAUAUUGAUUAAAUAAGCAAUUGAUAAAUAUUGUUAUUUAUUUUUAUAUUAUUAUUUUUGGUUAAAUAAUGUUUGUGAUAGAAAGUUUAUAUGAGAUAACAUGAGUAGCACAGGUAAAAAAGGUGGUGGUGUUAACAAGGACGAUAAAAAAAAUUUAGUUAAUAAAGAUGAUAGUCCAGCUGGUAAAGAUGAUGGUGGUUCAGCAUCAGCAUCAACUGGAAGUAAUGGAUUACCAAGUGCAGAUCCAUCACAACCAGGUAGUAAACCUGGUUCAGCUGGUGCAACAGCACGUGAAGGAUCACAAAGAUUAUUGGGUCUUGCAAGUAGAGGUGAAUGGGCACCUGUGGACCAACUUAUCAAGACACUUGAAAAAGCUGUUCAAAGUGCAGGAGAAGAUGGAAAUACAAUACCAUUGGCUGGUGUUAUGGAUGCAACAACUGGCAUGACACCACUCAUGUAUGCUGUAAAAGACAAUCGAACAGCAUUUUUAGAUCGUCUAAUUGAACUUGGUGCUGAUGUUGGAGCUCGAAAUAACGACAAUUACAAUGCACUACAUAUAUCGGCAAUGUAUUCGAGGGAAGAUGUCGUUAAACUUUUGUUGUCAAAAAAAGGUGUAGAUCCAUAUGCAACUGGAGGUCCAAGACAACAAACAGCCGUGCAUCUAGUUGCAUCACGACAGACUGGAACAGCAACAUCAAUUUUACGUGUUCUUCUUGUAGCUGCUGGACGAGAAAUUCGACUGAUUGUUGAUGGGAGAGGAAAGAUACCACUUUUAUUGGCAGUUGAAGCUGGUAAUCAAUCAAUGUGUCGUGAAUUAUUAGCUCAACAAGCACCAGAACAACUUCGUGCAACAACACCAUCAGGUGACACAGCAUUACAUCUUGCUGCAAGACGAAGAGAUGUUGAUAUGGUUAGAAUACUAGUUGAUUAUGGUGCUCAAGUUGAUAUACAAAACGGUGAAGGUCAAACACCAUUGCAUAUUGCAAGUGCAGAAGGUGAUGAAACACUUGUUAAAUAUUUUUAUGGUGUACGUGCAUCUGCAUCAAUUGCUGAUCAUCAAGAUCGUACACCAAUGCAUUUGGCUGCUGAAAAUGGACAUGCAACAGUUAUUGAAUUACUUGCUGAUAAAUUUAAAGCAAGUAUAUUUGAAAGAACAAAAGAUGGAUCAACUUUAAUGCAUAUUGCAUCAUUAAAUGGACACUCUGAAUGUGCAACAAUGCUUUUUAAAAAAGGUGUUUAUUUACAUAUGCCAAAUAAACGUGGUGCCAGAUCAAUUCAUACUGCAGCAAGAUAUGGACAUGUUGGAAUAAUUAGUACACUUUUACAAAGAGGAGAAAAGGUUGAUGCAACGACAAAUGAUAAUUAUACUGCUCUUCAUAUUGCUGUUGAAAGUGCAAAACCUUCUGUUGUUGAAACAUUACUUGGUUAUGGUGCUGAGGUACAUGUUCGAGGUGGUAAAUUACGUGAAACACCACUUCAUAUUGCAGCAAGAGUACCAGAUGGUGAUAGAUGUGCAUUGAUGCUUUUAAAAUCAGGUGCUGGACCAAAUCUUGCAACUGAUGAUGGACAAACACCUGUUCAUGUUGCAGCAAGACAUGGUAAUCUUACAACACUUCUUUUAUUAUUAAAUGAUGGUGGUGAUCCAAUGUUUAAAUCAAAGAAUGGUGAAACAGCUUUGCAUUUAGCAUGUCGUGGUUGUCGUUCAGCAGUUGUAAGUCAUCUUAUUGAAUUUGUAAAGGAAAAAAAAGGUGCUGAUAUUGCAACAGCAUAUGUUAAUAGUUUAAAUAAUGAAGGUGCAAGUGCAUUACAUUAUGCAGCACAAAUUGAACCAUCAGAAGUAUUAACAAUUGGUGAUGAUCGUGCUGUUGCACGUGCAUUACUUGAAGGUGGUGCUGAUGUAUCAUUACAAACACGUCAAGCACAAGAAUCAGCAUUUCAUUAUUGUGCAAUUGCUGGUAAUAAUGAAGUAUUAUCAGAAAUAAUAAGUCAUAUGACAUCAACAGAAGUACAAAAAGCACUUAAUCGUCAAAGUGCAGUUGGCUGGACGCCGCUGCUGAUAGCCGCUCAUCGUGGACAUAUGGAAAUAGUAACAAAUCUCUUAGCAAAUCAUGCACGAGUUGAUGUAUUUGAUCUUGAAGGUAGAUCAGCAUUACAUUUAGCUGCUGAGCAUGGCUAUCUCCAAGUCUGCGAUGCUCUGUUAGCCAGCAAGGCAUUCAUCAACUCAAAAUCAAGAGUUGGAAGAACAGCAUUACAUCUUGCAGCAAUGAAUGGAUAUACACAUUUAGUUAGAUUUCUUGUACAAGAUUAUAGUGCUGCAAUUGAUGUAUUAACAUUACGUAAACAAACACCAUUACAUUUAGCUGCUAGUUCUGGACAAUUAGAAGUAUGUAAAUUAUUAUUAGAACUUGGUGCAAGUAUUGAUGCAACUGAUGAUCUAGGACAAAAACCAAUUCAUGCUGCUGCAAUGAAUAAUUAUUCAGAAGUUGCACAAUUAUUUUUACAAAGACAUCCAAGUCUUGUUAUGGCUUGUACUAAAGAUGGAAAUACAUGUGCACAUAUUGCUGCAAUGCAAGGAAGUGUUAGAGUUAUUGAAGAAUUAAUGAAAUUUGAUAGACAAGGUGUUAUUACAGCUAGAAAUAAAUUAACUGAAGCAACACCAUUACAACUUGCUGCUGAGGGUGGACAUUCAGAAGUUGUUAAAGCAUUAGUACGUGCUGGUGCAUCUUGUGCUGAUGAAAAUCGUGCUGGUUUUACUGCUGUACAUCUUGCUGCACAAAAUGGACAUGGACAAGUACUUGAAGUUAUGAGAUCAUCACAAUCAUUAAGAAUAUCAAGUAAAAAACUUGGUGUUACUGCACUUCAUGUUGCUGCAUAUUUUGGACAAGCUGAUACUGUUCGAGAAUUAUUAACACAUGUACCAGGAACAGUUAAAUCAGAUGCACCAUCUGGUGCAUCAUUGGUUGGAGAAUUAGGUAGUGAAUCAGGAAUGACACCAUUACAUCUUGCAGCAUAUUCUGGAAAUGAAAAUGUUGUUCGACUAUUAUUAAAUUCAGCUGGUGUCCAGGUUGAUGCAUCAACAACUGAAAAUGGAUUUAAUCCUCUUCAUCUUGCUUGUUUUGGUGGUCACAUAACAGUUGUUGGAUUAUUAUUAAGUAGAUCAGCUGAAUUACUUCACAGUUCAGAUCGUUAUGGAAAAACUGGUCUACAUAUUGCAGCAACACAUGGACAUUAUCAAAUGGUUGAAGUAUUAUUAGGUCAAGGUGCUGAAAUUAAUGCAACUGAUAGAAAUGGAUGGACACCAUUACAUUGUGCAGCAAGAGCUGGUUAUCUUGAUGUUGUUAAACUUCUUGUUGAAAGUGGUGCAUCACCUAAAAGUGAAACAAAUCUUGGUAGUGCACCAAUAUGGUUUGCAGCAUCAGAAGGACACAAUGAAGUACUUAAAUAUUUAAUGGAAAAAGAACAUGAUACUUAUGGUCUUAUGGAGGAUAGAAGGUUUGUCUACAACAUGAUGGUAUGCAGUAAAAGUCACAACAAUAAACCAAUUGAAGAAUUUGUAUUAUUAUCACCAGCACCAGUUGAUACAGCAGCAAAACUAUCAAAUAUAUAUAUAAAAUUAUCAGAAAAAGAAAAAGAACGUGCUAAAGAUUUAAUAGCUGCUGGUAAACAAUGUGAAGCAAUGGCAACUGAAUUAUUAGCACUUGCUGCUGGUUCCGAUUCAGCUGGACGUAUAUUAACAUCAAUGGAUAGAAGAAAUGUUGAAUUUCUUGAUGUAUUAAUUGAAAAUGAACAAAAAGAAGUUAUUGCACAUACUGUUGUACAACGUUAUUUACAAGAAUUAUGGCGUGGUAGUUUAAAUUGGAAUGCAAUACGUACUGUAUUAUUAUUUUUUGGUUUUAUAGUAUGUCCACCAAUAUGGAUUGUAUUUGCAUUACCACUUGGACAUAAAUAUAAUAAUGUACCAAUUAUUAAAUUCAUGUCAUAUUUAACAUCACAUGUUUAUUUGAUGGUAUUUUUACUACUUGUUGGUAUAAUGCCAAUUUAUCCAGUAAUGAGACCAAGUUUGAUACCAUACUGGUAUGAAUGGUGUUUACUUGUUAUGUUAUCUGGAUUAUUAUUAUUUGAAUUAACAAAUCCAAGUGAUAAAAGUGGUCUUGGAUGGAUUAAACUUGCUGUAUUACUAUUUGGAAUAUUUGGAGUUGCAUUUCAUUUAAUUGCAUGGACAAGUGUACGAGAAUAUUAUUGGCCAACAUUAUUAUAUAUUAGAAAUCAAUUAUUUGCUCUGAGUUUUCUUCUUGCUUGUGUACAAAUAUUGGAUUUUUUAUCAUUUCAUCAUCUAUUUGGACCAUGGGCUAUUAUCAUUGGAAAUUUAAUGAAAGAUUUAGCAAGAUUUCUUGCUGUAUUGGCAAUUUUUGUAUUUGGAUUUUCAAUGCAUUUUGUUGCACUUAAUCAAGCAUUUGAAAAUGGAAAAUACAAAAAAAAAGCAAAUUAUUUUGCAGAUGAUAUGUCCGCCAAUUAUACGGAGUGGAUAUCGCCACCACCAGUCGUGGCGUCUCGUCACCGUCUUUCACGCUACAAGAAAAAAAAUGAUUGUUGUGAUGAUAACUCUCGAGAUAUUAAGAUGAGUCCAAUAUUGGCUGUUGAAUUGCUGUUUUUUGCAAUAUUUGGUCAAACAACACAUGAGCAAUUCAAAGUUGAUAAUUCAGAUGGACAACCAGUAUGGACAACUGCAUUAUUUAAAUUAGCAUUUGGAAUAUACAUGCUGGUAUCAGUUGUUGUACUAAUUAAUUUACUGAUUGCCAUGAUGAGUGAUACAUAUCAACGUAUACAACAACAAAGUGAUUUGGAAUGGAAAUCAACGUAUUCAAAAUUAAUUAGAAAUAUGCAUCGAACAACAACUGCUCCUGCUCCAUUAAAUUUAUUAACAACUUGGAUAUCAUAUUUUUAUCGACAAUAUGAAAAACGUUCAAAUAGCAAACAACGACCAUCACUUGUACAGCUAAUGGGUUUACGACGUACUGGAAGAUUAUCACCACGUUCAAAAAUGGGAGCAAAAUGGUUAUCAAGAGUUAAAAAAACACAAAUUGGACACAAAGACAGUGUUGCAUUAUCUGUUGCACAUUUAAGUCCACUUGGUAGUCAAUUAUCAUUUAGUAAUUCAUUGAGAAUUGAUAAUGUUGUUGAUUGGGAAGUUGUUAGAAGAAAAUAUCGUGAAUUAUUUUGUGGUGAAGAUGAAAAAAAUAUGGAAGAAAUUAAAGAUAUAAAUGAUAUUGAACAACCAAUUAUUGAAGAUUCAUCUGAAAAUAAUCAUCUAUCAAUACCAAACGAACUGAUUUAAUUUUUUAAUUUUUAAAUUACAUUUCAUUAUUGUUAUUUAAAAUUUUAUUAUACGAAAAAAAUAUUAUAUUAUUGUGUGACAUAUUAUUCCAUGUACCUUAUAAACAAAAAAAACCUCGUGGUUCGAUUGUUACUCAUUGUUCUAAAAAUUUUAGUAAUCUUGUACUUUUUUUCUCUUAGCUUUUAUUGACCAAAAAAUAUUUACUAAUAAACAUUUUAGAUUAACAAUAU